AUGAGCUGCCGAUGGUGGGGGCAGCAGCUUGCGAUCCGGAUAGAGAUACUGGAUGGAACCAUGCUUUUUGCUCUGUACUUGUGGAAUUCUAUGAGAAGGGCUGCUAGGUUAAAAGCAGCCACCACAAAACCAGAAAUCAGAGGUUCUAAAAUUUCACAGCAUCCAGUCACGCAUACACCAAGCGUAAUUAGCACCCACCGCCCAGUAACGCGUGCACCCGGGGGAAUCAGCACCCACCGCCCGGUCACGCAUGCACCCGGGGGUAUCAGCACCCACCGCCCGGUGUCGCAUGUACCCGGGGGUGUCAGCACCCACCGCCCGGUGUCGCAUGCACCCGGGGGUGUCAGCACCCACAGCCCGGUCAGGCAUGCACCCGGGGGUGUCAGCACCCACCGCCCGGUGUCACACGCACCCGGGGGAGUCAGCACCCACCGCCCGGUGUCACACGCACCCGGGGGUGUCAGCACCCACCGCCCGGUCACGCGGGCACCCGGGGGAGUCAGCACCCACCGCCCGGUCACGCGGGCACCCGGGGGGAUCAGCACCCACCGCCCGGUCACGCGGGCACCCGGGGGAGUCAGCACCCACCGCCCGGUCACGCGGGCACCCGGGGGGAUCAGCACCCACCGCCCGGUCACGCGGGCACCCGGGGGGAUCAGCACCCACCGCCCGGUCACGCGGGCACCCGGGGGGAUCAGCACCCACCGCCCUCUCUCGGCCGGUGAAUCCCUCCCCAGCUCCCCGCCGCCCACUUCCUGCUCCACGUUCGAAAGCGCAGACCAAUCGGCGAGCUCCUUGCUUCAGGAUCCUAUGCGGGUUCAUCCAAUGAGGAAUGUGUUCACGGUUGCGACUAGCAACGGUGUUGCUCGGCGACUGGACCGCGUCCGUGCAACCGGAGCGGCGGCGAGCGGGAGGACGGCAGAAUUCUUUAAGAAGAUGGUCGGCUCUUCCCCAGACCUGGGGGCUCUGUGUUUGGAGUCCCGAGGAAUACCAUUGACCCCAAGGCCUCAAUCAACACCCUUUUGGCGUAAUUGCAAAAGUCGAGCAUCACUGCAAUCAGCAUCAGGUUCGUUGAACUCUGACCAUGAUGUAAGCUGCUCUAUUACAAAAAUUGCUCAUAUUCUUGCUCAGAGAGCCAAGGAAAAGCAAAGUGACUUGAGAAGAGCUUUUGAAGCUUAUGAUGUAGAUCGGAAUCUGACGGUCACCAAAGGCGAAUUCCGCAAAGUGAUUGGAAGGUUUUUGCUGCCUCUUAACCCGAAACAAUUUCAAGAUCUACUUGCAAGGAUUCCAAUCAACAGUGAUGAAAUGGUACCAUAUAUGGUAUUCUUGGAGAAAUUUUGUUCAUCUGAUGAAUCCCGUGUAAGAAGAGCAAAGAGCAGGAGCAGUUCCAUUACCUCCAAUUGCAAUUUGACAUUAAGGCAAAUUGAGAAUCACCUCAGAGAAAAGAUCUUAAAUAAUGUAAAAAACAUCAUAAGAGCCUUUAAGUUGUUUGAUUAUAACAAGGAUGAGCACAUUCAGUGCUAUGAACUUCGAAGAGUUCUUGAGAGUUAUUGUCUUCGAAUGACGGAUUCUCAGUUUGAAAGGCUUUGUUCUCGAUACCACCUUUCUAGGACUGGAACAGUGAAUUACCUGCAGUUUCUAGAAAAGCUGGGCAUCCAUGCUGAACCCUCAAACAAAUGCAGUAAAGAAUGUGUGGCACAAGCAAUGAACUGGGAAGAUGGUGUUCAAGAACAAGAAAAACAGCCAACAUUGCAACAAGUAAUGACUGAGGAGCCCCCUGUAAAUCCAAAAAAUGUAUUCAUGGAUGAAAUGGAUUUUGCUUUUCGAAAAAAGUUGCAAGCCAAUUAUCAUAAUUUGUUGCAAGCAUUUUCAACUUCUGAUGUGACCAAAAGUGGCUUAAUCUCAAUGGAAGAGCUCCAGUCAGUUUUCAACAAUGUUUUAUUUUCAAUGAGCAAAGAAAUCUUUGAUCACAUAAUGGGCAGGUAUAAAAUUGAAACUAAUGGCAAAGUAGCAUGGAAGCAAUUUCUACUGAACUGUCCAGAGUCAUUGCCAAUGGAGGAUAAAUGGGCCUUAUCAAAGCAGCAGCCAAACCAUAAUUCUUUGCAGGAUGAGAGUAUGGUUGUUAACCGGGAAACUCCAAGGUCUCCUGCAUGUGGUUCACAGAAAUCUGGAGCAAAGUUUGACUUGACUCUUAUUGGAGGAUUGUUUGGGAACAAAAAGGAUAUGGACCUUCUCCUGAAGCUCCAUAAAUAUUUCCAGGAGAGAUACCCUGCGCUGGAGGAGAAACACAAUGGCAUAAUAGCUAGACAAGAACUGCGUCAAAUUCUACAGUGCUUCCCUUUCCGACUAACCGAUGAAGAGAUUAAACCGUUUAUGUUAUUACUGGAUCCAGAGCACAGUGGUUAUUUUCACCGUAACCAGAUCAUGGAAUUGAUUGAAGGAAAAAAGAACCAAAGUUAUUUGAAUGGAACUAAAAUUGUAAAGAAGCAUACUCCUGUGGCAGCAGUAUGGAAAACUGUGGAAGAUAUUCUGCGUGACAAAAUUAGACACAAUUGGGAUGAAAUACAAAAGUCAUUUAUGAAGAAUGAUCCUGAAAGAACUGGCACAAUUAGCCUUGCUAAAUUGCGAAAAAUCCUAGAAACCUACUGUCUUACUAUUUCUGAUCAGCACUUUGAGAAAUUAUGCAAGCAGCAACAGAACAGCACCGUACAAGUUUCAUAUCAGCAGUUUCUGGAAAAUCUUGGGGUGACUGAUAUGCCUAAGAUCAUCACCACUGAGGUAUCUGCGCUCAAUCAACAGCAAGAGAAAAAGAGGCUCGUAAAGAAAGAAAAUGAGGAUUCCGUGUUGUGCAAGAUGAUGACUUUGAAUGAAGUGAAAUCAGAGCUUUGGGAACGUAUUAUUUAUUGUGACAGUAACAUUAGAAAAAGUUUCCUUACCCACAAAAACCAGUGCAGUGGCAAAGUCAACAAGGAAGGAUUCAAAAAGGUGCUGCAAGAUUGUGGCAUAAUCAUGGAUGAACAGCAGUUUAACAUUCUGGCUAAUGUACUGGGAUUCAAGAAUCAAGACCUGAAUUUCCAUGACUUCGCUGAAAAUUUCAAAGAUUACAGAACUGCAAGUCCAGUUAUUGCAAUAAAACAAUGUUCGAGUGAAGGAGCUGACUGGAAGAUGAGACGCAUGAUUGCUGAUGAUUGUUUUGAUUACAUCUUUGAAAAAGUGAAACAUUCAUCUUUGGAUUUGCAUUCAUUGUUUAACCAAUUAGAUCGUAACCAUGAUGGAUUAAUUACGAUGUACGACUUUCGUGCUCUGCUCGACAACUUCCCGCUUACAGUCACGACAACGGAGUAUCAUCGAUUUUUAGAGAUGUUGGGACUUCUACCCGAGUCAAAACUAACCUAUUUGGAAUUCCUUAAGAUAAUUAGGAUAAUAGAGUCCAAGCAAGGCCAGCGCUGGAAUAAAUCGGCCCAUAAAUCAAGAGAUGACACAGAUGACACUUACCUGAUCUGCGAGCAGGCCCAUGACUACUUAUCUAAUAAAGCCAAAACAAGAUGGCAUGAGAUGAUCAAGGCCUUUAAUCAGAUUGAUUCUGAAGGUAACCUUAUAGUGCAACAGAAGGAUGUAAAGGAGCUUUUAUGCCGGCCCUGUUUGCCAAUUUCACCCAAACAAUUUGAAACAUUUUGGUCCUGGUAUGAUCCAGAUAAUAAAGGUUUUGUGACUUACUUUGAGUUCCUGCAGAAGCUUAGGAGUAGGUUUGGAUCACAAGUCCAAUCAGACAGAAAACAAAUUUUUCCAGAGACCAAAAGCAACUUAAUGGAUGGGUCCGAGCACCGCCAGGUCUACGCAGAUAGUACCCAAAAACAGAAAUUUCAGUCAGGCAAAUUUGAUAUUAAUGAGUUAAAGAAACAGCUCAAAGCUAAGUUCAGGAAUCACCACAAAGGUUUUAAUGAGACCUUUUCUAAACUAGACAAAUGUAAUGAUGGCUGCAUAACGAUAAGUGAUUUCCAGGGUGUACUGAAGGACCAUAACUAUCAACUGGGACAAGAACAGAUCAAACAGCUCUUGGUCAGAGAAAUGGCAAACUCCACACCUAUCACCUUCCUCGUUACCUAG